AUGUUGCCUGCUCAGCCCCUCGGGAGACUCUUCGGCAGGGUGAGCCACCGCCGGGAAGAAGCGCGCGUUGCUGGGAAACGACUGAUGGUGGCAGGACUGGGGAAUUACGGCCUGCGGGGCACCCGCCACAGUGUGGGCAUGGCCAUGCUGAACCAUCUGGCCCACAAGCUGAGCGUGGCAGACCAGUGGAAAACAGACCGGCGCUGCUGUGGGGACGUGGCCGUCGCCAAGCUGGACAACGUGGAGCUCGUGCUGAUGAAACCCCGCCGGCUGAUGAAUGUCAACGGCCUCUGCGUCGCCGGGGCUGUGGAAGCGUACAACCUGAACACGGAGGACGUUUACCUGGUUCACGACGACCUGGACAAGCCCCUAGGGAAGGUCGCACUGAAGUUGGGGGGCAGCGCAAGGGGUCACAACGGGGUCCGUUCCUGCAUCAGCUCCCUGAGCUCUGACUCCAUGGUCCGGCUGCGGAUUGGCAUCGGCCGCCCGCUGGGGGAAGCCGCCGUGGAUCGCUACGUCCUGGGCAGGUUCACCAACGCCGAGCAAGAACUCCUCCCGCAAGUCUUUGAGCAGGCGGUCGAGAUGCUGCUGGAACACAUCCGGCAGAGGGACACCGCCAAGGGGAGCCCGGCAGCUUGCGGGGAACAAAUCAGAGCCCCUCUGGAGACGGAGGGGGCGUGACAAUCUUAUAGCAUGCGUUAAUCUGUUGACCACAAAAAAGAAACCAAAAAGAA